GGUAGGUUUCUCCACGGGAAACAAAUGAGAAGAAAAGAGCAAAAGAUCGUAAUUGCUCAAACGCUUUGCUCUGUUUCACAGCUAUGACGCCAAUGAAGCUCUUCGUUGUUUUGUUCAUCUUCUUCCCCAACUAUUCAUAUGCAGCUGACACCAUAACACCAGGCCACCCUCUCUUAGACGACGGCCAAACUCUCAUCUCCGCUGGUGAAGUCUUCCAACUGGGCUUUUUUAACCAACCAAAUUCUGAGAACCGCUUCGUUGGGUUAUGGUACAAGAAGGUUCCUCGGGGCCCGAUUCUUUGGGUUGCGAACAGAGAUAAGCCGCUUGAGGACUCAUCUGGCAGACUCGAAAUCACUCAGGAUGGAAACGUAGUCAUUUUCAAUAACCAGUCAAAGAUUCCCAUUUGGUCUUCCAAUUCAUCAGCCAAAAACCCCACUUUACAGCUCUUAAGCACGGGAAAUCUCGUGCUUAAAGAUGGCGGAAGUGGAAAGAUAGUGUGGGAGAGUUUUGAUCAUCCAUGUGAUACACUUAUAGCUGGAAUGAAACUGGGAUGGAACCUUCAAACGGGUCAAAAUUGGUUCCUUAGCUCCUGGAGUAGCCCUGAUGACCCAUCUACAGGAAAUUAUACUUACGAGGUCGACCCUCGUGGGCUUCCACAGCUACUUCAGCGAAAAGGCUCGGAGAUACAAUACCGAUGUGGGCCUUGGGACGGUGCUCGGUUCGGUGGAGGUCCCCCAAUCAGACCAAACCCGAUAUAUAAGCCUAUUUUUGUUUCCAAUACGAGUCAUGUCUACUAUGCCUAUGAAGUUAAUGAAGCUUCUACCUUAACAACGUUAAGAUUGAACUCAUCGGGAAUACUUGAACGGUUCAGGUGGAGCUAUGAACGCCGGGAGUGGAUUUUGGUAUACACUGUGCAGAAAGAUCUAUGUGACUCUUUUGGGCACUGCGGUCCAAAUGGUGUCUGUAAUGUUGAUAUGAAUCCUUUUUGCCAUUGCCCAGCUGGGUUUGUGCCGAAAGUGCCUAGAGACUGGGAUAGCUUCGACCGAAGUAGUGGAUGUGUACCUAAGACAAGGUUGAAUUGUAGCUCAGAUAAAGGUUUCAAGAAGUUUUCUCACUUUAAAUUGCCGUACGGGUCGAAAUUUUCGGUCCAAAGAACUGUGGUGAGGAUUGAAGAUUGUAAACACAUUUGUUCGAGAAACUGUUCGUGCACGGCUUAUGCUCUAAGUCGUGUUAGUGGCUGCGUGUUGUGGUUUGAUGAAGACUUGCUUGAUAUGACAGAAUAUAAUGUUGGGGGACAAGAUCUGUAUAUUAAGAUGGCUGCUUCUGAACUUGAAAAAGAUGGCAAACGGACUGCAAUAAUUAUCUCAGUGCCAAUAGUCUCAGUUCUUCUAUUAUUGAUUUUUAUUGGAAGCUAUAUUAUCUGGAAGAGGAUGUCCAACUCCCACAAAAGCCAAGCAGAGAGAAUGUUAGUCAAUCAAGAGGAAGAGCAACAUUCUAGAGCUUUGACCGAGGAUGUAGAUCUACCUUUAUUUGAUCUAGACACUAUUAUGAGUGCCACUGACAACUUAUCUCCUGCAAAUAAGAUUGGAGAAGGGGGUUUUGGCCCUGUUUACAAGGCUGUGCUCCCAACUGGGGAAGAAGUAGCCGUGAAGAGGCUAUCCAAAGAUUCAGGACAAGGAGUCAUGGAGUUCAAGAAUGAGGUCAUUUUGAUUGCCAAACUUCAGCACCGGAAUCUUGUUAAGCUAUUGGGAUGUUGUAUUCAUAGAGAAGAGAGGAUGUUGAUCUAUGAAUACAUGCCUAACAAAAGUUUGGAAUUGUAUUUAUUCAAUCAAACAAAAGGGACCACGCUCAAUUGGCAAAUGCGGUUUGAUAUUAUAGUUGGUAUUGCUCGAGGGCUUCUUUAUCUUCACCGAGACUCAAGGCUGAGAAUCAUUCAUAGAGAUCUUAAAGUAAGUAAUAUCCUCUUAGAUAGUGAAAUGAAUCCCAAAAUUUCAGACUUCGGCUUGGCAAGAAUCUUUGGAGGCGACCAUAAUGAAGUAACUACUAAAAGAGUAGUUGGAACAUAUGGUUAUAUGUCUCCUGAGUAUGCAAUCGACGGACUUUUUUCUGUGAAGUCUGAUGUAUUUAGUUUCGGAGUCAUGGUGCUGGAGAUACUAAGUGGGAAGAAAAACAGAGGAUUUAAUCAUCCAGAUCAUGACCUCAACCUUUUAGGACAUGCAUGGAAAUUAUGGAAUGAGCAGAGACCAUUGGAGCUGAUUGAUGUUUUGGUGAAACAUGUCAAUGAAUCAGAAGCAGUGCGUUGUAUCCAAGUGGGGCUGUUGUGUGUCCAAAAACGCCCGGAAGAGAGGCCCUUAAUGUCAGCAGUUCUCUUUAUGUUGGAUAGUGAGAAUCCCUCGUUGCCUCAACCUAAGCAACCUGGAUUUUAUGUCGAAAGGGACUCUAAAGAGGUCGAUUCCUCAUCAUCUUGGAAUCAGCCAUUUAAUUCAACUGAACUAACUGUUACAAGGCUACAGGGGAGAUGAGAAAAAACUCAAACUUGGUUUGUUGUACAGUUCUCCAAAUGCUUAAUUUAUUUGAUUUUCCAUCUGGAAAAGUAGUACCUCAUGUAGAAAAUAGAUUGUAGGUGUAAAUUUCUCUCCAAACAUUAAAUUUUUGUCAAUAGGUUUUUUUUUUCAUUUUAAGCUGUGCUGGACAAUGGCGACUUUUGAAAGAGACUGUCACAAA